AUGUCUUUUUAUACACUGAUUUCUUUUUGUUUUUAUCUUUUUACUUCCAUUUUGUCAUCUCGUUAUUCCCCUACUCCCUUUCUUUAUCCGCUUCUUCUCUCUUUCUCUUUCUCUCUCUCUCUCUCUCUCUCUCCCUCUUUUUCUCAUGCUAUUCUCAUUAUUAGCUUAGUCACAUUUCUCUUUUUCCUUUCUCUUUUCUCCUUUCAUCUUCUUUUCUCUUACCCACAUCCUCUCUCUCUCUCUCUCUCUCUCUCUCUCUCUCUUCCAUUUAUCCUCCUUUUCUUUAUCCGCUUCUCUCUCUCUCUCUCUCUCUCUCUCUUCCUCCCCCUUCUCCUACCUAAGACCUACGAUCUCUCUUCUUUCAUUCUCCUCGUCUCUUUUCUCUUAACCCCCGUUUCCAGUUUAUCUCACUUUCUAACUCUCCUUUUUUUCUACCUCUCUUUCAUUCUUUUGCUAUUUUCUUUCCUAUUUUUUUUUCUUUUUUUCAUUCCGUUUCUUUUUUAUUUUAUUUUAUUCUUUCCAUUAUUUUUUUCUUUUACCUUCAUCUAUUUUUCUCUUUUCCUUAUCUUCCUGCCUUUACUGUCCUUUUUUAUUCUUUCUUUAUUCUUUCUUUCUUCUUUUCUUAAUCUUUCUUUUCUUCAUUUUCUUUUUCCCUUUCCUCUUCUUCACUUUUCCUUCAUUAUCUUUUUCUUUUUCCCCUCUUUCUCAUUUUUCUCUUUCCCUAUUCAUUUUCUUACUUUUUUCUGUUUUUUUUAUUUGUUUUCGUCCUCUUCCUUUUCUUUCGUUCUCUUUAUUCUCUUCUAUUCUUUUCUUUUCUUUCUCAUUCUCUUUCUUCUUUUUUUAUCUUUCUUUUCUUCAUUCUCUUUCUUAACUUCUUUCUCCUCUUCCUUUUCUUUCUUUCUCCAUCUCUCUCUUUCACUCUUCAUUCUCUUACUUCUUUCUGUCUUUUUCUUUGUUUUCACUCCUCGUCCUUUUUCCUUCGUUGUCUUUCUUUUCUUUUCUUUCUCAUUAUCUUUCAUCUUCGUUUUUCUUUUUCUUCAUUCUCUUUCUUUUUUUCUUUUCUCCUCUCCCUUUUGCUUUUUUUCUCGAUCUUUCUCUUUCCAUUUUCUUUUGUUUUAUCUUUCUUUUUUUCUUUUUCUUCGUUUUCUCUCUGUUCAUUUUCCUUUCCUUUUUUUCUCUUCUUUUCCAUUUCUACCUGUUUCUCUCUCUCUCUCUCUCUCUCUCUCUCUCUCUUUCUCUCUCUCUCUCUGUAUCUCUAUCUCUCUCUCUCUCUUUUUCUCACUCACGCACACACAAAUACACACACACACACACAGACCCCGCUUAGCCAUCAAUUUAUUUUCUUCUCUUUUUCUUAUCACUCCCACUCGCCAACACGGGAACCAUUACUUUCUGAAAAUCCCCAUUGCAGAUCAAUGA